AGCCCGGCGCCGCACGCAGAAGCAGCGCAGCGACCGGAGACAACGGACCAACACGUAAUCCACGAGGGAGAGAGAGAGAGAGAGAGAGAGAGAGAGAGAAGCAGCGCUACCAAGUACCAACCCCGUAGCCGCCGCCGCGCCGCCAUCCACGAGCGCAGCAGCGGCGCCCUCCCAUUCCCAUCCCCUCUCGUCGCCCUCCUCGCCGCUGGGGUUAUUUAUACGGGCGCCAUCGCGUGACCCCGCGGCAUUAGGUGGCGCACGCUCUCCUCGCAGCCGCGCCGCGCCGGGACACGGAAGGGCAUGGCCUCCUCAGCGGCGGCGGCGGCUCCGGCGCGUGCCGGGUUGGCUCCCCAGAAUGGAAUCUUUGGAUCUAAUUCGAAGCCAUUCACUGGUUUCAUGCUCAAGACAGCUCAGCAGAUUGGACCCCUGUCACUCCGUGUGAGGGGAUCCGUUGCUUCUUCACCAAGGAAGCUGCUCUCCCCUAAGGCAGCAGCAGCAACUAAAUCAGGGGACGGGGUGCGCAUUGCAGUCCUAGGGGCCAGCGGUUAUACUGGAGCUGAGAUCGUUCGUAUUCUGGCGAACCACCCUCAGUUUCAGAUAAAAGUGAUGACUGCAGAUAGAAAAGCUGGUGAACAAUUUGGAUCUGUAUUUCCUCACUUGAUAUCACAGGACCUGCCAAGACUGGUUGCAGUAAAAGACGCUGACUUUUCAGGUGUUGAUGCUGUUUUUUGUUGCUUGCCACAUGGUACUACCCAGGAAAUUAUCAAAGGCUUACCUCGGCACUUGAAGAUUGUUGAUCUCUCUGCGGACUUCCGGCUGCGUGACAUCAAUGAGUAUGCCGAAUGGUAUGGCCAUUCACACAGGGCACCAGAACUGCAGGAAGAGGCCGUGUAUGGUUUGACCGAACUUCAUCGAGAUGACAUAAGAAAUGCACGGUUGGUCGCAAAUCCAGGGUGUUAUCCCACAUCCAUUCAACUUCCGCUUGUUCCUCUGGUAAAGGCAAAAUUGAUCAAGUUGACCAACAUUAUCAUUGAUGCAAAAUCUGGGGUUAGUGGUGCAGGACGUGGGGCAAAGGAAGCAAAUCUUUACACUGAAAUCGCCGAAGGUAUCCACGCUUAUGGAAUAACAAGCCACCGACACGUUCCUGAGAUUGAGCAAGGACUUACGGAUGCUGCUGAAUCAAAAAUUACCAUCAGUUUUACUCCACAUCUGAUGUGUAUGAAACGUGGGAUGCAAUCUACUAUGUAUGUUGAAUUGGCUUCUGGAGUGACUGCCAAUGAUUUGUAUGAACACCUCAAGUCUACUUAUGAGGGUGAAGAAUUUGUCAAACUGUUACAUGGUAACAAUGCUCCUCGCACGAGCCAUGUUGCAGGAUCAAACUACUGUAUCAUGAAUGUCUAUGAGGAUAGAAUUCCUGGAAGGGCCAUCAUCAUCUCUGUAAUAGAUAAUCUUGUGAAGGGAGCAUCUGGUCAGGCUGUGCAGAACCUUAAUCUGAUGAUGGGACUGCCUGAGAACAUGGGGCUGCAAUACCAGCCCCUGUUUCCUUGAUCUUUCAUGUCAUUACUUCAUCCAUGAUGACAGUGCUUGGGAGUACAACUUCCCUUCCAUCAGAGUACUGUCUGGAGGCAAGGAGCCCCCAUUAGAAUGCAAUCAAGUCAAAUUUGCUCGGAAGUGUAGCUUGGCUUGUGUCAUUUUAUUUUUUAGAGAAUAGUGACAACUUAGCAGUGCAAUGAUAGUAUUAGGUGAGUGGCUUGGUUCCAAUAAAAUCACAAGCCUCGUACUGCAUUGUUGUUUGUUAUAAUCAUCAAGGAAUCAAUAGUGUAAACUCAAUUCUGAGACAUCAGACGCCCUCAGCAUCAGUGGAUAUAGUUAGGGUGUCUUCUGUAUUAUGUUCAACAAAUGUUAAGCUCACUACAGAUGUUUUUGUGAAGGUUGAAGUUCCCUUUGUUGAAAUAAUCUCAAGUUUUAUC